AUGGGCUCGAACGUCGGUGCCGCGGUGGCCGUGGGGCUGUGGGUCUUGGUGACCGUGGGCGUGGCAGCGGAGCCAGUCGUGCAGGAGCCCCGACCCUGCCUCCUGUCACACUAUCGCUCGCUGGACCCCGGGGCGCUGGCGGCGGUCAAGGCGCUGAGGGACCGCUACGAGGAAGAGGCGCUGAGGUGGGGGCCGCGCAACUGCUCCUUCCGCCUCCGAAGAAGGGAGCCGCCCAGGCCCGCGUCCUGUGCGCGGCUCCGUGUGGUGGCGCGCGGCCUCGCGGACGCCCAGGCAGUGCUGAGCAGCCUGCGCAGCCUGGAGCUGCUCCCCGGGACCCGCCGGACCCUGGAGCUGCUGGCGGCCGCAGGGCGCGACGUGGGGGCCUGCCUGGAGCUGGUUCGGCCGGGCUAGUCCAGGAAGUCCCUCCGACCACCAAGGAGGCGCCACAAAGCACGGAGAGCUGAAUCGCCUCAGUGCCGCGAACCCACGGUCAUCUUCAAUCUCCUGCGCCUGCUCACGUGGGACCUCAGGCUGGUGGCACUUUCAGGGCCUUGCGUCUGACCUGCGGCCUCAGGUUGGACUGGGAUGCCUAACUUUCUCAGCCACUGGCUGCGAGGGCGGCCUGGAUCUCCCCCUGUCGGCCAAUGGGCGAUGGAAGCGCAAGACACUCUCGGUCACCAUUGGUCAGUCUUGGAUCGCUGGCGUUGGGUACGACGAGAGCCUCAGAGAGGGGCGUGUGUUUCCCUGAGCAGGAGAAUGCUGUGCCCUGAAGCGGCGACAUUUCCGUGGAUGCUUCGCCCCACUGUCCCCGGGACCAGGACAUUUGACUCGCGUGUCUUCAGUCCUGCGCCCCCCCGGCUGCUGACCGUCCACGUGAGCAAGGAGCAGCCUGAGAGUCUGUGAAUCUGUGACUCCUGGAUUCCUCCGCCUGGGGAGACCGCACUCCCUGGGAGAUUUGGGAGUUAAAUGGCCAAAAGUUCUCAAGUUAUGUUUUGGAUUCCGUUACUGAUGUGUUGUUUGUAUUUCUAAAUGUCUUUUGCCUCGGUGCUAUCAUGCCUUCAGGUGUUAUUUCUUGCCUUGAUUUUUUGCCAUGGGAUCAUUUUAAAGCACACUGUUCAGCAAAAAACGCGGACCGAGGGACUCAGUUGACCUGAAUUUCAAUUCAGACCCCGCCACUCAGUCGUAGAGUAACCGUAAAUUACUUCUCUCUGGGCCUCAGUUUCCUUAGCGAGACAAUGGCAUUGUUCUCCUUCCCCUGUAAAUGAGUAAUGUCAUGGAAGCCCUGUGUCUAAAGGUGUCAGCUCAGGGCAUAGUAGGGGCUUAAUAAAUGGUCUCCAUUAGAUAAUCACACACACUUAAACACGCAAGCACUUGUAUUACUUUUUCUUGUCCAAAUCCGUGGGCUAGCAAGCGGGCACAGUUGUUUUGAUGACUGCAUGCCUCUUUCUCAAGGUCACCCAGCUCCUGAGAAUCCAGACCCUUUGAUUCUAGUGCUUUCAACCACUGGCCCACCUUCUUUCCUAAGAAAAUAGCGAAGUGUGUCCUGUCAUGGAAGGUUGGUCAGGAUAUUCAGAACUCACAGUUGGUGCAACGUCUCCUUGCAGGAGCCCUAUAGAGGCACCGUGGGGAAGCUGGGCUGCUAAGGGAGGGGCUGGUGGUUUAAACUCACCAGCCACCCUGGGGGAGAAAGAAGUGACAGUGUGCUUCCAUAGACAUAUACAGCCUUGGAAACCCUAUGGGGCAGUUCUACUCCGUGCUAUAGGGUUGCUAUGAGUUGGACUCCACGGAAUCCACCGGAUGGACAAGGGGUUUGGUUUUGGUUUGCAAAGUCUCCCACCCCCCUGAAUUAAGGGCCCCUCUGCAAGUGGCAGACACUGAUGAAGAUACCGGUAGGUGUUGUGGGCACAUCCCUGCUCUUGGUUAUGAAACAUUACCAUGUAUCUGUUGUGGACUGAAUUGUGUGCCCCAGAAAUAUGCCCUGUAAAUGCUCACCCCACUGCCUGUGGUUAUAAGCCCUUUUGGGAAAGGGUUGUCUUUAUUAUGUUAACAAGGCAGGAUUAGUGUAGGCUGUGCCUUGAGUCAAUCUCUUUUCAGAUAUAAAGGAGAUUAAACAAGAAGCAGAGAUGGGGGAAGAGAGAAGCCAAGCCAGGUGAAGAUCACCCAGCAGCAGAAGCUGAGCGACGGGGACCUUCCUCCGGAACCAACACAGAGAGAGAGAAAGCUACCCCUAGAUCCGGCGCCCUGAAUUCCGACCUCCAGCUCCCUAAACUGUGAAAAAAUACAUUUCUGUUUGUUAAAGCCGCCCACUUGUGGUGUUUCUGGUAUAGCAGCGCUAGAUAACUGAGGCACUAUCAGAGCUCCUGUCCAGCCUCUCCCUGGUUUCAUGAGUGAGGAAAAGACAGGGUUGGGGUAGGACUCGAGUCAAAAAGCUCUCAGCAAAUGCUUGUCUCCAAGAAAUUCAUCGUCUCUGGAUCCAGAUCUAGCUGCACUGCGCGGGAGGCUAGAGAGGCAGUGGUUACUGUCUGAGUGUCAGACAAACGCGGGAAAAUCCUUACCACUAAUCUGCUGUGUGGCCUUAGGCAGCUCUCUUAACCUCUCUGAGCUCCUCCAGUUUUGUACUUCCUUCAAAUGUAGGCAAACCACAGUAGAGCCGUGGUGUGACUGUGGAUGUUCGGCAACACAUUGUGGCCAAAGCUCCCUGACCGGGGCAGGGGCAGAAGGGUUCCCUCCAUCAAGGGAGGGUGUCUCUGGUUCCAUUUGGCACUGGCCCUUCCCUUUGCCUAGAAAGUUCUUCCCUCUCAUCCUGGCAUGGCUCCCUCCCUCUCUCCUUCAGGUCUUUCCUCAAAUGCCAUUUUCUGAGGCCAGUCCAUUUAAGGCACACUCCUUCCUGAAAGCUCCUUCCUGCUUUAUCUUUGCUCCCUGACAUUAUGAAUGUAUAAGCCCUGCUUAACUUUCCCCGUGCGCUGUCUGUUCCUCCUCCCUAGUAAAUAAGCCCCUUGAGGGAUCCUGUCUGUUGUGUUUUGUUUUUCAUAGCAGGUGCAUUGGUUAAGAGCUCAGGCUGCUAACCAUGAAUGUUGGCAGUUGGAAUCCACCAGCCCCUCUUUGGAAAUCCUAUGGAGGCAGUUCUACUCUGUCGAAUAGGGUCGCUAUGACUGGAGGGCAAUGGGGUAUACCUGACACUUUCAACAGUACGGGGCACAAGGCAGGGACUGAAAAAACACGUGUUGAAUGAGCAUAUGAAUGAAACCAUUUGUCAAAAAACACGUGUUGAAUGAGCACAUGAAUGAAACCGUUUGUUCAAACUGAUUGGUUUCCCUUGAACUAGUUGGCCAUGAGCCAAUUCUUUAGCAGAGCCUCGGGUUCCUGGGUCCCUCUAUGCUGGGACAAUUCAGGAAUAUUUUAAGGCAUGCUUCUCUCUCAGCACCAGGUGUAGAAAGGUAGGGCACAGCUGGUCUCCCCUCUUAAUCCUUGGGUGUCCUGCCUUUCUGACUCUCUUUCCCCACCCCCAGCAACCCUCUCCCUGCAUCUUCCCUUCUCUCAAAGAGCCCUCCUCUCAGAAGCUCCAGCAACACCUCCUAGAUGUGCUGUUGUGCUCCCUCCCCUUUUUGGAGAAAAAAAAAAUGGAGUAGUUUGCGGAAAGACAAAUCCCUCCCCCAUCCAGUCCAAAUUCCAGCAACGUCAGGACCCUUGUGAUGGGGCUGAGCUGCCCAGCCCUGUGGGUUGCCUUGCUUAGGACUUCGCCUUCCUGGGGGUGAACAGGGAAUCCUCAGAGUCCACGUCAGUUUCUCUUUCACUCCAGAGUCACUUACCUCAUUUGGCUCUGCCCUGCUCUGGGCGUCCCCAGCCUGGGGCUUCCCCUGGUGGCAGAUGUCACCCUAAGGCUGUUUUCACUUUUCCUACAUCAGCCUGGUUUGUCCGUUCAGGCUAAAAGCUGCACCAUGGGGCUCCGGCAGCAGUUGUAUCCCAGCCAGAGCUGGAAAUUCAGAUACAGAGCCGGUGGCAAAGAAGAAGGCUAAGACCUAGAGAAUCAGACUGAAGUCGGAGACCUUGAACAAAACCGAGUGAGAGACCCCAGAUGACAGAGUUGCAGAGUAGCGCUUGGAUUGUCCUCCUACUGACAGUGAGGAGAGCAGGAUUGAAGCUGGGUGAGCCUCGCCUCUGUCAUAGCCCAUGACCCUCAGCUCCCCCAGCCCCCAUGCUCAGCAACAGGUCUCCCCAGCCCUUCAACUCCGCAUCCCCUCAUCUUCCUAUCCCCUCAUCUCUCCAUCCCUCCAUUACACAGACAAAGUUGUGUGCUGCCUGCUGGCACUGAUGUUGAUGUCUACAAUGCUGACCACGACAGGAGCAGUUCCCAUCUGUAUACCCAGUGGGACCCCUCUGAAUGCAAGGGGGUGCCGCAUCGACCAGUUCAAGUCCCUGUCCCCACGGGAGCUGCAGGCCUUCCAGAGGGCCAAAGACGCCUUUGUGAGUCUCCUUCUGCCCUUUUGCUCCAACCUUUCCUCUUGGGCUA